ACCGCGGGGAGUGACGUUGUUUGAAAAAAAUAUUUCAACGGCGACAAGCCUGGGCUGGGGGCGUUUCGAGCGCGGGGUCGCUGUUAACAGCUGGCUGCGGAAAUUUCGCCUCUGUAGACUUGGAUCCGCAAAGCAACAAUGGCGGGGAACCCAAGGGUGGGCAGCCCUGAAAAGACUGAAGAAAUUCGAAAACCAUCCCAGAACGUUGGGAGACAAGCAAGUUAUAAAAGACCGCUUGGUGAUCUAGAGGAUGAACAAGAGAAGCUCUCUCCACCAAGAAAAAAGGUUCCGCCUCCUUACCUUGCCAGCAAGGUUGUCCGGCCAUUCAAGACAUUCUUGCACACAGUGCAGAAGAACCAAAUACUUAUGGGAACCUCAAGCUCUGUGAGCCGAAGCUGUACAGUAAAAUCAUUCCUCAAGCAAAAGACUCCUUUAAGGCCCACUACCCAGGGAGGGUUUGUUGAAAAGCAACGGUUGGAAAACCUUCGGAAAAAGGAAGAAGCUGAAAAAUAUCGAAAACAGAAACUGGAAGAACAGAAGAGGAAGCAACAAGAAGAGAUGAGGCGGAAACGUGAAGAGCGCUUUCGCAAGGCUCGAGAGCGGGCAGAACAGAUGGAGGAGGAGAAGAAAAAGAGGCUUGAGCAAAAGCUGGCUCAAGAUGAGGAGAAAUAUGAGAAGGUACGAGAGGAAAAAUUAGCAGAAGACAAAGUUAAGAAGAAAGUGGCUGCUAAGAAGCUGGAGGAAAUUGAAGCCCGGCGCAAACAAGAUGAAGAAGCCCGCAAACAGAAAGCUCUGCAGCUGAAAGAACAAUUGAAGGAAGAAGAGGAACAAAAGGCAGCAGAGGCCAAGACGGCUAGCAAACAACUGAAUGUGACGGUAGAUAUUCAGGAAAUCAACUGACCCAAGGUGUCAUGCACCAAUAUUACAAUCCAUCUAAUGUCAGGAGGUUAUUUGGUGUUGUGAAAAGUCCAAACCUGGAUAUAUUUCAGAGCUGUUUGAUAUUUUAAACAUGUACAACUGGUUUCACCUUAUAAUGUUAAUAAAGUUUUUUCUAUUUGAAACUCUUAA